CAUGCUGGGAAAACUGUCAUGGAGGGAUGUUUUGAAGCGGAAGCUAACGUUAGCAGUUAGAAGAUGCAGAGGUCGGUGUCCAGUUUGUCUCUGAGUCCCAGUGUGAAGAUGAAACUGGUCACGGCUGGUUUCCAGUUCACCGCAGACCUGCUGCACCUCAAACCGCUGCAGCUCAGCAAAGAGGCCAGUCUGUCCCAGCAGGAGGCGCUGGAGGUGCUGCAGGCUGUGAGGAGGGAGGGAGGAGGAGGUGAUGAAGCAGCAGCAGCAGCAGCAGCAGGAGGAGGAGGAGGAGGAGCGUCGGCCUCUCUGACAGCUCUGGAGCUCCUGCAGAAGGAGGAGGAGCUGAGGAGCAUCAUUACGUUCUCAUCUCAGCUGGACGCCAUUCUCGGAGGAGGACUUCCUGUUGGGAAAACUACCGAAAUCUGUGGAGCUCCAGGAGUUGGAAAAACCCAGCUGUGCCUGCAGCUGGCGGUGGACGUUCAGGUCCCUCAGUGUUUCGGGGGCGUCGGAGGUCAGGUGGUCUACAUCGACACCGAGGGAAGCUUCCUGCUUCAGAGAGUCGUCGAUGUCGCUGCUGCCGCUGUACGACACUGCUCCUUAUUGGUCGAAGACGACGAGCAGCGAGCCGCCAUGGGGGACUUCACCGUGGAAACCAUCCUGUCCAACAUGUUCCUGGUACGUUGCCAUGACUACGUGGAGCUGCUCGCCGAGCUCCACCUGUUGCCUGACUUCCUGUCUGACCACCCGAGGGUCCGCCUCCUGGUGAUCGACAGCGUGGCCUUCCCGUUCCGGCAGCACUUUGACGAGCUGUCGCAGAGGACGCGCCUCCUCAGCGGCCUCGCCCAGCAACUCAUCACCAUGGCAACCACCCAUAACAUCGCUGUAGUAAUGACCAACCAGAUGACCACCCGGCUGCGGGGUAGCCAAUCGCAGCUGGUCCCUGCCCUCGGAGAGAGCUGGGGCCACGCCCCCACCAUCAGGCUCCUCCUCCACUGGUCGGGGUCACAGCGGCUGGCGGACAUCUUUAAAUCUCCAGAUCAUAAGGCGGCCACUGUCCAAUACCAGAUCACCUCGGAGGGAUUCAGAGACGUUGACCAAUCAGAGCAGCCGCCGAGCAAACGGCCCCGGACACACUCCGUCCAAUCAGCUGCCAGCUAGAGAGACACCGGCUGCUGAUUGGCUAGAGAGACCCUGAUGAACACAUGAACACGUGUCUGUGUGAAGAUUCAGUCAGAGUGAAUCUCAGCUGGAAAGAAAAGAACACAGAUACAGAAACACAGAUGCCUCAUUGGCUGCUGGAUUGUUAAUCAGCAGUAACGCCAUAUUGGAGAGGUCGAGACUUCCUGUGAACAAAUGACAGUAAACAGGAGCUGCAGUUUUACUGGACAACAAGAACUACAAUGUUUAUAUUUCUCAACUAAUGGCAGCAAGUGGGUUUUAUAUUCAUGUGUUCAUAUGGAGCAGUGAGUGACAACAACCCCGCCCACAUUUAAGAGGACUGUGUGAACAGACCGAGGGUCUAGGU